AUCUUGGUCGCUUGUAGCGCCAAUUUUUUUUUUAUUUUUACUUAACGGAGCCCAAUCUUACAAAGUCAAAUAGUCUUGUUUUUUACUAUCCUAUCCUAUCCAUGCACUGAUUAUGUAUGGGCCAAAACACAAAAAAUCCCCAUCGCCCCAAGGGUCAUACAGUAAUCUCCACAAAUAUAUACACCACGUGUCAAAAUUGGAACAGGGAACCACUUCCAUUCCCUAGUCACAAUUUCACUUUACAAUCUCCCCUCACGCCCUUUUAACCAACACCGCUUUUGUGGAAACCUUGCGUUUAAUCAGAUCCAACGGUCACUUACUCAACAUAAUCGCUCCUAUGAAUUUCACCCGUCAGAUUAAUUCUUUCAACAUGAACCGUCGGAUGCAAAACCCACGCGAAUCUCACCAUUCAAUAAACACAAAAAAAUUGAAAUUUCAAAACUUAGCAAGAGAGAGGGAGGAGAACCGAAGAAGAAGGAGACGAAGAACACCAACAACAAAAUAAAAAAGGUCCUCCCACUUUAGCUUCUCUCUCCCUUCUUUCUUUUACAAAAUCACUGCUGUAAAAACCCUAGCCUUCUCUUUCUCUCUCUAGAGUUCUUCAGUUUUUCUCUCUAUCGACGCUUCGAUCGGAAUCGAAACCUUCUCCAUUUUUUGGCACUUCUUGUGGAAAUCUCGAGCUUGGGGGAAACCGCGGAUUUUUUUUUUAUUUGAGGUUUUGGAGAUUUUAGAUUGGGAUUUGGAUCUAAAAGUGGGUGGAUUUGAGUUGAUUUAAGGCAAUUUGUGAGAUUAUUUGGUGGAUUUUCAGCUGUGGCUGUGUGGGGGAAUUGGCAAAAGAUUGGAAUUUGAUUGAUUUUUUAAAAAAAUUAAGGGAGUUGGAAUUGGAUGGGGGAAGGAGAAAGUGAAUUCCCGCCAAAAAAGGCGCAAUCGGAUACGGCGGAUUUUCCGGCGAAGAAGCUAGCAAGGCAGCUCGAUUUCACGGCCGGUUUUGGCGGGGUUUCUUCUGGAGGUGUAGUUUUGCCGGAGCACCCACAAUCCACACAAGGGAUGAGUGUGGCUUCAUCUUCCGCUGUGGCGGCUGCAGUUACUCAGCAACAGCAGCAGCAGCAGCAACAACAACAACAGAUAAAGCCUCAUGUUGUGGCGACAAUCCCUGUUACUACGGCAUCGUCGAGGGUUGUAAAACCAGAAUCCCCAAAAGCAAAACCGAGACCAAAUGAACUAAAAGAUGGUACACCAAAGAAGCAGAAGCAGUGUAACUGUAAACAUUCUCGUUGUCUGAAACUGUACUGUGAGUGCUUUGCAUCGGGCAUAUAUUGUGAUGGGUGCAACUGUGUUAAUUGUUAUAACAAUGUUGAGAAUGAAGCUGCGAGAAGAGAUGCUGUUGAAGCAACUUUGGAGCGUAAUCCAAAUGCAUUCAGGCCAAAAAUUGCUAGCAGUCCACAUGGUCCACGGGAUAGCAGGGAAGAGGCCGGGGAAGUUUUAAUGUUGGGAAAGCACAACAAAGGAUGUCAUUGUAAGAAAUCUGGGUGCCUUAAAAAGUACUGUGAGUGUUUCCAAGCCAACAUUCUCUGUUCUGAAAACUGCAAAUGCAUGGACUGCAAAAAUUUUGAGGGAAGUGAAGAGAGACAGGCUCUAUUUCAUGGUGACCAUGCCAACAAUAUGGCAUAUAUUCAGCAGGCAGCAAAUGCUGCCAUAACUGGAGCUAUUGGGUCAUCUGGCUAUGCUUCCACUCCAGCAUCUAAGAAGAGAAAAGGUCAGGAAUUGUUCUUUGGGUCAACUGUCAAGGAUCCAUCUAUUAACAGGCUUGGACACUUUCCACAGGUAAAUCAGAUCAGAGCUUCUGCACCCUCCUCUUCCUUGUCUUCUAUGCCAGUUUCUCGUGUUGGUACAACUGCUGCAGUAGGCCCAUCAAAAUUCACAUAUAGGUCUCUGUUAGCAGAUAUCAUUCAAAAGCAGGACUUGAAGGAGCUUUGCUCGGUUUUGGUUGUUCUGUCUGGAGAAGCUGCAAAGACACUUGCAGAUGAGAGAAGUUUGACUGAAAAACAGGCAGAAGAUCAGAUAGAAACUUCCCUUGCAUCAACCACUCAAGACAGGCUGCAAAGCCAGAAGGAUUCUGAUACUGAGAAAAUCACGGCUGAUGAUUGUUCAAGUGCAAACCAGGUUGAUAAAGUUGGCCCUGAGGAUUCCAGCUCAGAUGGUGCUGAUAUGCCAAAAGGAAGGCCUAUGUCUCCAGGAACUUUGGCAUUGAUGUGUGAUGAACAAGAUACAAUGUUCAUGGCAGCUGCUUCUCCUAAUGGGAUCAUGGGCCACGGCCACAGCACAUCUUCACAAUUGCCUUAUGGACAGGGCAUGACAGAGAUUUAUGCAGAGCAGGAAAGAAUUGUUUUGACAAAGUUCCGAGAUUGUCUCAACAGGCUUAUCACUUUCGGAGAACUAAAGGAAACACAAUGUUCAUCAUUAGCUAGAACGGAGACAGGUAGUCAAAGAGGCCCACUCAGCAAUGGAACUGAAACUGAGACUGGGAAUCGACAAGGAUCCAUUACCAAUGGAGUAACGAAAAAUGUCAGUCCUCCCACAGUCAAGACACCUCAGAUGGCUGCUAUAUCAGUCACCACUGCUAAUAAUGAUCUCCCUAGAGUUCCAUCCCUUCUUGAAAAUGGCGAUGCUAAAUCAAAAACCGAAAAACAGAUGUAAAGAUCCUAAACGCUGACAAUUGGCCCAAGGUAUGAUACCACAAGUCUUUGCACUUUUCCACUGUUCACUCCACCUUCAACUUUGAUGCAACAUCAAGGUGAUUGUGGCAUCAUUCUUGGAAUUGACCAGUAGCUCUGAUUAAUUUCUCCCAUUAUUGAUAUAUUUAUCAGUUUUCUGGCUCAACAAUAGCUUGAGCUCAUACCAGUGUAAAUUGCAUGGUACCAUAUACGCUACAUGCCAUCAACCAUCAUAUCUUCUGUUCUUAGAUGCUAGGAGUUUCAUUAAUCUAUUCCUAUUUUUAGCAAAAACUAAGAGCAAUUUCAUAAUUCUUAAUGGAGUAUGUAGCUUAGGGUUCUGUCCCACAGAAAGCUGAUUAAUAGUUAAUCGUUGAGUCAAGGUCAAAAACCUGUGGAAAAUAGUUUUCUUGUAUUGGCUGCUACUUGCCCUUCCUUUUUUUCAGGGAUUUUUUUUUUUUUACCAUGGAGUUGCCUCAACCAUUAAUGUUCUCAUUGUUUAUAUGUUUAUUAUUCUUCUGAAAUGAAAUUUUUUUUCACACUUUGUUAUAUAUACUAUGGCUUGCAUGGUCCUCUAGUUGAUUUUCUGUUUUCCUUCUUCCUCUUCAACAGACAAAUUGAAUUGUACCUUUACUUACAUAAAUAGUUCACAAGAUGAAAGA